AUGGCCGACAAUUUGGAAGAGGAACAGAGUGUCUCCUGGCGUUGGGGAGGAGGAAACGCCGAGGGAACCGUCGAUGAGAUCGUCGAAGAGGGAAAGGCACAGGUUACUAGCAACAAGGGGAACACGGUGACUCGCAAUGCCAAGGAAGGUGAUCCUGCCGUGAAGAUUAGGCGCAAGGGAAAUGACGUGGUUAAGCUGGCCCACGAGCUGAACGAAGUGAAAGAAGCGGAUUGA